CCCAACUCCUCAAAAUACCCAAACCGAAGCGCAGAAAAAAACUCGAAGCACAGGAACACGAAGCAAGCUCCCCCCCUCCUCCUCGUCUCCGACUCACUCAGGAUCCGAGAUCAGCCGCAGGAUGGCCGGAUCGAUGGAACUCCCUACCAAGGGCGGCUUCAGCUUCGACCUGUGCCGCAGGAACGCCAUGCUGGAGAAGACGGGCCACAAGAUGCCCGGGUUCAGGAAGACCGGGACUACCAUCGUCGGUCUCGUGUUUACGGAUGGAGUUGUUCUUGGGGCAGACACAAGGGCGACCGAGGGUCCUAUAGUUGCUGAUAAGAACUGCGAGAAAAUUCAUUUUAUGGCACCAAACAUAUAUUGCUGUGGUGCUGGAACUGCUGCUGACACAGAGGCUGUGACAGAUAUGGUCAGCUCCCAGCUACAACUUCACCGUUAUGCUACUAGCCGUGAGUCAAGAGUUGUAACCGCUCUUACACUACUGAAGACCCACCUUUUUAACUACCAAGGUCAUGUCAGUGCUGCUCUUGUUCUUGGCGGAGUAGAUGUCACUGGACCACAUCUACACACUGUUUAUCCGCAUGGCUCCACCGAUACUCUUCCUUUUGCCACGAUGGGUUCUGGAUCCCUUGCUGCGAUGUCAGUGUUUGAGUUGAAGUACAGAGAAGGCCUCACAAGGGAGGAGGGAAUUGCACUUGUAGCCGAGGCAAUCCGUGCUGGUAUCUUCAAUGACUUGGGAAGUGGCAGCAACGUGGAUGUUUGUGUGAUAACCAAGGGGAAUACAGAGUACUUGAGAAACCACGAGUUACCAAACCCGAGGACUUUUGUCAGUUCAAAGGGAUACAGCUUCAACAAGGGGCAUACCGAGGUAUUGUCUACAAAGAUCACGCAGCUGAAGCUGAAGCCAGAGGUAGCUGAUGGUGAUGCAAUGGAAGAGUGAUCUUGUGUGCUUACAUUCAGACAAGCAGUCAUGCUAAGAAUUUGCGCCAUUUCUUCUUUUUUCUCAGUGCUUGUUCUAGAACAGAAAAAUGGAUGUAUUUUGUUGUACUUGCUGAAUUUAAUGCAGACCCUUAUGUUAAA